AAUUUGUUCUUUGUUUGUAUCUUUUUACAUACGCUUGUUUUGUUUUUUGUUUUCAAUUUCGAUGGAUGAAAAGUCAGGUGACUCGAAAAACAUGUCGCCCCAUAACAAUCAUGAUCCUUCCGAGAAUUCCAAUCAAAAUGUUGAUGAAGCCGAUUUGCAAGAAAUGGCUGCUGUCAAUGACAGCCUUGAUGAGCUGAGCACUGUUUUGGAUUUCUUCGAACAGCGCACUGACAACAUUAUCGAACAGUUAAAAGAACUGCUGCACUCUAAUCGUGAGAUACGUCAAGAAUUGGCUUUGGAGAAUGCCGCCAAUGCGGUGGAAAAUUUAGAUUUAGAAAAGCCAGAUAACUAAAAAUUGCUCUAAUUUCUUAAGCUCUUUUUUGUUUUGAUUUGCAAAACAAUUUAUUUCACAAGUAUUACAAAUUGGGUGAUUUAUGUUUUAUUCUUAGACGUCGAAAUAAAGUACAAUAAUUCAAAAAAAACA